AGCCUCCAGUACUUCCACUUGUGCGCCCUCCGCCGCCUAACAGUUCUCGGAGCAAGACGAGCCGUCGAGCCGUCGGAGUGUUCCAUUUGCCUAGAAGAAUUCGAGGCUGGUGUGGACGUCCGACAGCUGGGGAGGUGUGGCCACGUCUUCCACUUAAUCUGCAUAGAUAAGUGGCUAGACGGUCAGGCAACAUGCCCGAUGUGUCGGGGGACUGUCCUUGAUUUCUAUAGUUCUUUUUUAUGCUUAAUUAUUAUUGUUAUUAUUGUUAUUAUUAUUAUUAUUAUUAUUGUCCUAUUAAAAGAACAAGCAAUGAUGGUACUAUUACUUAGAGUCACAUCAUAA